AUGAAUUUUCAAAAUAUAAAUUCUUUAAACGUUCGCGUAAACCUUAUUUCGGGUAAUUUGUUACCUUUAUCAAAAAAUUCGCAUUUUUCAAUAACGUGGAAGAUUUACAGCUUCUUUGUAUGGCUGGUUGAAGUGAUCCAAGCUAUUGUAUUAAUUCCCGGAAUGAUUCUAGUGCCACUAGAGAAGAUCUUGAAAGAUGGUACAGUUACGUGCGUAGUCACUCUAGAGGUGUUCUUCAUGAUAAUAAGGAUUCAGGCACACAAAAAGCUGAUGAUCCAAUUGAUUGAAAAACUGAACAACAUUUUACGUGCUGCGGAUGAGACUAUGAAAAAUAUUGUGACAACGACUUUGAAGCCUAUGGAAGAUCCACUCAAAUUUUAUUUCUUUGCUGGCUGGUUGGCUGUUCUCGUAUGGUGCUGCAUACCAUUUUUGUUAGUUUUCGAGAAAGUUUCCUUCCUUUACGAGGAUUAUAGAAUACCAGCAGUUUUUUCUAAACAGCCUUUCUCGAUCGAUGUCUUCUUAGUAGGAAACGUGAUCUUGCUGCUGAGUAACGUCUAUAUUUUUGUGAAAAAAGUUGGAGUGGAUAUUUAUACCAUACAUUUAGUGCUACUGAUAACAGCGCAAUAUCGAUAUAUCGCUACGAAGCUCGCAACAAUAUUUCGAGAUGAAAAUUCGCGAAAUGAAUUCGAUGGCUUUUCUCAGAAAUAUCAAUUUAAGGACCAAUCAAUAAAACUGGAAAUGGAAGCAUUAUGUCGACAUCACAAUUCUGUCAUUCACUUAUCUUCUAUGCUUAAAAAAUUACUAUCUGUGAACUUUAGUAUGCUCUAUGUAAACAGCGUUUUACGAUUUUGUUUCAUUGGUGUCAUGUUGAGUACAGUAUCAUCAACAACUUUCAUGGAAGGUUCCUCAAUAAUUAUGUUCGCAUGUGGCUCAAUAGUUCAAUUCUACAUGUUGUGUUUUUGCGUCCAGCAAUUAUUGGACGCGAGCCAAAAUGUGACGGAUAUAGCAUUUCACGAAAAAUGGUAUCAAUUUGGACCAUCCGUAAAACGUACAUUUAUGUUAAUGAUAUUAGGUAAUAAUUUAGGAUGCAAACUUUCUAUGUGCGAUAAGUUUAAUCUAUCUUUACCCUCAUUUAUGACGAUUUUAAAUCAAUCAUAUUCAAUCGCUCUUCUGCUCUUGAGGGUACCUUCUACUCGUGAGAAAUAAUAAAAAGCAUGUAUUUUUUUGUAGACUUUAUAAUAUAGUAUUCUUUAAAUCAAAUUU